AGCGCAGAGCUUGGACCACUCUUUCACAGAAGGUUAAGCGAAACGUCUGCAUCUACUGUAUGAUUCUUGUUCAGGAACUUGGUUUCAAUCGCUGCGACAAAGCCUUUUGGUCUGUUUUGCGCGCCUUCGCCUUCUUGCCUUUGAGAUAUAAUUAUGGCAUUCGAGUCCGGCACAGCCUACCCAGAAUCUGAUGCGGAUGACGAGUACGAAAGAAGUGUGCAUAACAGUUCCCCAGUCCUCGCCAACGAUUCAGAGGAUUCCGACGGUCUUUCCUCCAAUGAGCAUACCCCGACUACAUACGGCAACCAUGGCAUCGGGGAUAGUCUAUCGGAGGCUAUCAUAACGUGCUGGACUGAGGAACAUUGCGCCGAGUUUGUACGUAGUCUGGGACUGCGGCUGUAUGACGAAAUAUUCUUAGGUAUGCUUCAAAGCGGUAUUGAUUGACUUUUGAACUCUUAUCUAAUUGAGAGAGAUAGACAAUGGGAUCACUGGAGAUGUAUUGGUAGCACUACACCAUAACGAUUUAAAAGAUAUGGGAAUAACGAGUGUGGGGCAUCGACUUACAAUUCUCAAGAACGUUUACGACAUCAAGAUCAAGCAGGAUGUGCCUGUAGAGGGUGAUCAUUAUGUGCCACUGUGUGAGUGAGUUGAUUGAAUGGCAAUGAGUAUUUUAGCUGAUUUUCUUUGAAGCAGCAGACGUUGAGGCUCAGUAUGCCACCGCAACACUCAAAGACAUCAAGUAUCUUGUCGAGCAAUUAAAAUUACGAGACGAACGAAUGAGCAUCGCAGAAAUGGAAUUACGCAGGCUAACUGCUGAAUAUACUCGAUUGCGGGAGGACCUUUUACCGGUGUUUCGAAUGGCGAAAGAAGGACAACCCUUACCAUACCACCCUCCUGGAACCAACAAUCAAAGCUCAUAUUCUUACGAUACCAACAAUACGCUAUCACCCCCUGCACCAACGCCUUCUUCAAGCCAAUCGGGACUUUCGCGAAAGUUCUCAACCAAAAAGCUCUUCUUAGAAUCAACGCCAAAGAAUGCGUCUCCUACAUUCAACUUACAACCCAAUCAUGAUAGGUCUAUGAUGGAACAAGCUCUCGACCCUGCAAACGCUGCCGAGCGGGCAGUCCUCUCUUCAUCUCAUCUCAGCGCUACGAACAACGGCUCGCAAUCACUGUCUCCCGGUCAACCUUCGCCUAAUCAGCCCUCGCCGACUUCCCCUCCUCCCAGUCAUUUGAGUGGAUCCACUUUGGCCUCACGUUCAUACCGAUCAGACCAACAACCUACUCCAGGCCGCAGCACCUUCCCCCAAAAUGAAAACGACCAGUAUCCUCCAUCUACAUACUCUCGCGAUAGUACCAAACCAGCACCCUCACGGCGAGCCCAGACACCUGCUCUUGAACCACCUUCUGGUGGUGGUGCUUCGGUCGAAAUAUUCAAAUCAUUCCGUGUCAGUAUGGAAGACCCAUGCUACAAGGUCUUACCUGCUGCUUUGAAAAAAUACAACAUUAAUGCGCCUUGGGAACAAUACGCUUUAUACAUUGUCUAUGGAGAUAAGGAAAGAUGUUUAGGUAUGGAAGAGAAGCCUCUGAUUCUAUUCAAACAACUAGACAAGGAAGGCAAAAAGCCUAUGUUUAUGCUGAGGAAGAUUAGCCCCAAUACGGAGCCUGGUAUACAAGACGUUCCUGGAAGUGCAGGCCUAGACGGUAGAAAUGGUGGUCGUGGUGGAAACAACUCUAUAUACGACCCCCCUGGUGGCAUUAUAUGACCUCAGCCAGCUUUUCGGAUUAGAAGUUAUUCCUUGGAGUUGCUGCAUUGGUUUACACUGCAAAGCGAAAGUAGGCGACAACACGAUUUCUUAUGAUAGUAUGUGUAUUGGAAAGAGACUUUAUGGAACUACAAAUUUAGGGUAAAUUCACUUUGUUAUUUAUCGGCUAGCCAGCUGUUUUGGUUUUUUUUUUGGUCAUAUUAUCUAUCAAUGAGGCGUAUCAUGAGAUGAACGGUUGAAUAUUUGUUUUUGGUCGGAUUUGACUGUGGAAGGGAGUUCUUGGAUGAAACUCCUGGUUUGGAUAUAUAGGCAGCUUGUAGUGGCUGAUAGGGCGGGGUAAAUCCAAGGGAAAAUAGCUUUGGCAAAGCUGAGAGGGGCUGGGCUGGGCUGGCUUGCGUGGAAAGGAAACAAUGGGAAUAGGAAGACAUAUAAAUCAAAUGAAGAGGGUUUAUGGGAGAUUUAUCAAAAAUUUAUUC